CUCUUCUAUGUAAAGUUGUACAAUUCCAUGACACUUAAGUAAAGCUAUUUUGCGAAAUUUUGUGAUAUUUGCUUGUAUUGAAAAGCGUUUCUUCCAUAUCGCAAAACCCAUUAGUUAUCUAUUUAUUGUUCAUAAAUUCGAGCACAGGGCAACGAACAAACAGUAAAAAAAAAAAACACGUCGGAUAAUUUGUCGAAAAAAACAUAAUGCUACCAAUUAAUUUAAGAGAAAAGCUAUUCCAGGUUCAAGAAGAAUUAGCAAGCAGUUUGAGAACAUUGGGGCUGACAGAACCAAAUGUACCCUUAGUGAUACCUUCACGCCAUGGUAAACAUUUUGAAGGAUUACGGUUGGAUGCUGGAGCUGAUUUGCUAAACCACUAUCAGUUUCAGUGGUGCAGGAUGAGGGAGGCCUCAGAUAUGAAUUACCAGCUAGCAGAGCAAGCUGACAAAGCCAUUACUUCAAUAGAAAGUUACAUCAGCUGGCAACAUCAGUUAGUUUCAACAUUAACCAGCAACUUGAGUUCUGUUUCUUCAAUGGUACUUCAACUUCAAAAAAUCACUGAUUCUAUAGGUGUAACUGAAGCUACCUUGACCAAAACUGAGGAACAGUUAGCUUUGUUAGAAGACUUUGUUAAAGAUUCUCAGUUUGAUUCAGAGUUAAAAGACUGUGAAAAAAAAUUCAUUAUGGUGCAAGACCAAAAAUUUGCUGAGCUGGAGAGGUUAAAAAGUAAUCUAAUGGCGCAACACGUCCAGAAAGUUAGAGAAUAUGAAUCGAAGCAAAUAUUCAAAGCCAAAGAAAGACAAGCUAUUUUUGAACAGGCCUUUGAAAUAGAAAUCCGACAGUAUAAAGAAUCGGGAAUUAUUCCAAGAUUGAGUCAGGCAAAUCGCCAAACAAUUAGCCUUGAAGAAAUUGUUGUCGAGGACGACCCGUCUUCGUUGAAUGAGUUUCUCGAUGAGUAGAACUCUAAAUAAAUUUAAAUUAUCGUCUAUUUUACCAUCGUCAGGUGGGGAAACAAAUAAAAAAUAGUAUAUAUAUAACUUCCUACAGUCUGUCAACAACAAAAGUUUAUCCUUAAGAAGAUAGACGAUGGAAAAGGUUACAGUUACUUAGAGAAUGCAGUGUACAAUCUACAAUUUGUUUAGAAUGAAGGGACCUUCCCUUUAUUCUUUACUCAUAAAAAAAUUAACAGGUAAUCAGAACUACAUCCUCUCCGUUUGCAAAGAAAAAAAUAAUAAAAUAAAUGCGGUUUUAAACUUUGA